GACGAAUCCUUGGUGAUUUUGACGUCAUAUUUGACUUAUCAAUACAAGUCAUCUUUGUCAUGUCACUUUUUCGGCCAGUCAAAUUAUAACGUCCACUUAAAUUUUGUUCUCAAAAAUAUUAUGAUUGCAAUUUUGCUACAACAACUUUUGUUUUAAUCAUGACCCACCUCUUAACUCUCCCAAGCCCAAAUACUCCCAACUAACCAAAUAGCAGAUGACCUCUAAGAAGUUAUUCUCCCACCUAAAAUUAUAGUGUCUAUCAUCACUCCCAGUACAAACUUGGUGCUUCGUGGUAAUUUCUAAACCUGAAAGACUCUUCCUUUUUCUCUAUCUCGUUCUAUGCAUUCACUUCACAGUCUUCACCUCUCAGUUUCCUUCCUUUGUUCCCUAAAAAACUUCUAAAGCUCAUUUUAAUAAGACUCUUAAUAAACGAACAAGAUUUUGAGAAUUCUAUUCGGGAGGGGAGACAUGAUCCAAGGAAUUACUGAACAAGAUAUUGAGAAAGCUGAAAGCACCAAUAAAGAUGUUGAAAAUGCUAAUAGUUCAAGGAAGCCAAAAGUUACCAAGAUGAUGAUGAGAAGUUUGCAGAAAUUUUAGCAAAGAUGAAUAUGCUCAUUCAUAUUGGUGCAGAAUCUCCGAAGUUUCAAAGAAAAGGGGAAGGUUCGUGUAGCAUAUUCAAGAUUCCCCAAAGCCUGAAGAAGAACCAUCAGAAGGGCUAUGAGCCUGAGAUAGUGUCAAUAGGUCCUUACGAUCACGGGAAAGAGCAUCUCCAAAUGCUCGAGGAGCAUAAACAUCGUUAUUUGAAACUCUUCCUUGGUGAGGCAAAAGAUGGUGUCGAUACGAACACUUUGGGCAGAAAAAUAUUGCAAAUGGAGACAGCUAUCCGGAACUCUUACUCUGAGAAGCUAGUAGUUAUAAAACCGGAAUUCCUAAAAAUGAUGCUCCUCGAUGGUUGUUUCAUUCUUAUGUUGUUCUUCUUCAUAUCAAGACACGUUCCUUCAAGUAAGAAGUCACCACUCUCCACCUCCGGAGUGAUCUUUUGCUUUUGGAAAAUCAGGUUCCUUUAAUUCUUCUCAACACACUUUUGA